AUGGUCACAGAAUGGAUAGACAGUCUGCUAUCGAUUGUCUUGAUGAAGUUGUUUCACAUAACCUGGGUUGUCUUGCACGUAGUCCACAUGAAUCAGCGGAAGCUAUUUAAAGAUAAAGUGGGCUUCAUUGUCGGCCCGGAGUCAAAUAUUGUUGAUAAGGCAGUUAACCUGCCCCCGGCUAUUGGUGUUUAUCUGACGCGUAAGCAGCAAAGGCUGGAAAUACCCCUCUACAAGCAUGUGCAGGACGCUCAAAGAGUCAUCGUAAUUGGGCCGGAACACAUGCUUCGACCAGCAGGAGAGACGUUGAGCGAGAUGGACAAGGAGAAUGAAGUCCGAGAGAACUCACCGAUCAUCAUAGUGCGUUGGACAGCACUGAGCUUGUGCACUUGGUCAGCAAUUGUGUCUAUUCUUGUCAAUCUGCUACCGGACUCGGGGCCAAGCCUGGCCUCGAUUGGUUGGUCUGUACGAGCUGCCGUCGGCCUCAUCAAGAUGGUAGACUACAGCUAA